UCGUCGCUGCACUUUAACCCGAGCGCUUCCGCCCCAUGCCGGUGUCAUGUUCUAAGAGAAGAUCGAGAGACCUUAACGUAAACGGAGAGACGAGACAUCGAUUCUUAACCCCAGCGCAGUGAGACGGACCACUAUUCUCACACACACACAGAGCAGCAGCAGCAGGGUCUCAAGAAGUCCGGCAGAAGGAAGAGAAGGGGGAGGAGGAUGUCACUGGGAUACUACUUGGGUCCCCUGCUCAUGUUUGCCCUGGCAAGCGGUGCUCUCUACCACCUGUCCUCCAAGCCGCCCGGCUUCUCCAACACGACCGAUGCCAUAAGCUUCCCAUCAAACUUGGAGGAGCUGCAGCAGCUGGCGAAGGUGCUCAACUCUUACAAGGCCGAGCAGACAGGCUAUGUGUUGCUGCUCUUCUGCUCUGCUUAUUUGUACAAGCAGACCUUCGCCAUCCCUGGCUCCGUAUUUCUGAACGUCCUGGGAGGCGCGCUCUUUGGCUUUUGGCGAGGUCUGCCCCUCUGCUGUUUGCUCACAGCCUGUGGAGCUACCUGCUGCUACUUACUGUCCCGCUUAUUCGGUAAACAAAUCAUCAUCAGCAAAUUCCCAAGCAAAGUCGAGGCCUUGCAGAAAAAGGUGGAAGAAAACCGUGAGAGCUUGUUCUUCUUUCUGCUCUUCCUGAGGUUCUUCCCAAUGUCCCCAAACUGGUUUUUGAACAUCACAGCUCCCAUCAUUAACAUUCCCAUCAAGCAUUUCUUCUGCUCGGUGCUAAUAGGCCUGCUGCCAUACAACUUUAUCUGCGUGCAGGCGGGUUGCAUCCUGUCCGAGGUGUCUUCCCUGGAUGACGUCUUCUCCUGGGCGACCAUGCUGCAGCUGCUGGCCAUUGCGCUUGCAUCUCUGAUGCCCGGAGCUCUCAUCCAGCGUUACAGCCACAGGCGACUCAAGCCUCUCGCCGGGGGAACUGACAAUGGCCUGUCCAUCGAGACACACAAAUCCAAAUAAAAUGAGACUCUUCCUUGUCACCCUCUCCUAACAUUGUUUCCUCCACCUUUGAAACCAAAUGCCAAAACAAAUAGGCGGCAUUGCCUCUAUGGAGGUUAAACCUAUUCUGUACUCUGAGGGUACUCGUCUCGCAACUGAAUGUAAUUUAGAUUUGUAGCCCAAAUUGAUUCUGACAUUGGUGAUGAGAGUGUCUAAUUUUGUAGAAUGAAAUGAAACGAAAGAGGGAUUGUUUGGAUUACUGAGCAAGGCAUCGUGAUUUGAAGGAAACUGUGAGCUUCUGCAAGGCGGCUUCUGCAAACGCAUCGCUUGUGGCAAAUGAUCGUUGGUUAUAAUUUUGAAAUGGCACAGAUGCACAGUAGUUACUCGAGCAGUAUUGGCUGGAAUGGACAGUCAAACAUCAUUGAGAACGUGACAAUAAAAACGUGUAUUACUAUACUCUUCACAUUUAACAAUUAUUGCAUUUGUCACUGUACACAUCAGCUCAUGUUACUAUAGAAUAGUAUGUGAUUAAUACAUAAAACUGUGAAUUCAAGAUAAGCUUAGGAGUUUGUACAACUUUAUUAUCACAUUCUCAAUAUGUUUGACCUGAUACUGUAUAUUCACACACUGUGUAUGUAUCUGUGCAUAUGCAAACUACAUGUGAUUUUAAGAAGUAAAUAAUUGAAAGGGUUUUUUUACAUUUAUAAAUGUAAACAAGUAUGAUACUUGGAAUGUAUGACUAAUUUUGCACUCAAAUUUCAACCAAGUGUAUUAUAAGAAUUCGGGCUGUGAGGGGGUGUAAUUAUUUGUUGCCUCAAAGAUUCAUUGAAUUGUCUCAGAUUUGGUGGUCGCAAUUCACUUUCCAAAUCCACUUUUUGUUUUCUGUACUUGUGCAUGUGGAAUCCAUACCAGAUGCAGGGUGCCAUGAAAAACUUGUGUACAGCAAAUGUUCUGAAACUCUUGUGUACUAAUGGGCAUAAAAAUUGCAUUGCUUUCUUAAAUCUUUGUUGUUUUUUAAUUCUUCCUGAUUUUAACUCCUCUGACUCUGACGCUUGACUACUCACAUUGGCAUUACACUACUAAAUUUUGAUUUAAAGCUUUCGUGACUGCAGGGAUUCAUGUUCUUGGUUCUUUCAGUAAAGUCACGUAGAAGGGAAAGAAUAAGAUAAUAAAAAUAUUAAACAAUAAACUUCUCAUGACGUUUCGACUGCAACACAAGCAAUCAU